CAGUCGGCGUGACCCCGCCGCCUUGACCCAACCCCGCGGCACGGGCUCCUCCUCCGCCUCUCGAGUCUCGUCCAGGUUCUCCUCCCCCCAAAUCCUCCAAAUCCAACGUGAAUCCUCCGAGGAGCCGCCGCCCCCGAUCGCGCCGCCGAGGCAGCGUAUCCCCGCCAACCCGUGGCUCCGCUCGCCUCCCGGCUGAACACACAAGAGUGCUGGGAAUGGAGAUCCAGUCGUCCGGCCGCUCCAUCGACGUGCUGAUGGAGAAGGUGCUGUCCGUGAACAUCCUCUCCUCGGACUACUUCAAGGAGCUCUACAAGUUCAAGACCUACCACGAGGUCGUCGACGAGAUCUACCACCAGGUCGACCACGUCGAGCCCUGGAUGACCGGCAACUGCCGCGGCCCCUCCUCCGCCUUCUGCCUCCUCUACAAGUUCUUUACCAUGAAGCUCACCGUCAAGCAGAUGCACGGCCUGCUCAAGCACCCGGACUCCCCCUACAUCAGAGCUAUUGGAUUUCUCUACCUGCGAUAUGUUGCAGAACCAAAAACACUGUGGACUUGGUAUGAACCCUACAUCAAGGAUGACGAGGAGUUUUCCCCUGGAUCAAAUGGUAAAAUGACUACAAUGGGCGUUUACGUGCGUGAUCUCCUCCUUGGCCAGUACUAUUUCGACAGUCUUCUUCCACGAGUGCCUCUCCCAAUUCUGCGACAGGUCACCGGCCAUCUUGAGAAGCUGAAGCUUCCAACAAAGCAGUCAGGAAUGACAGGGGAUUCCAAUAGGCAUGAAUCAAAUGAUACUGCCCGAAGGCCUCCUUCUGUAAAGGCUUCGUUGUCUGUCUCUUUUGGUCAGCGUGCUCCACACCGUGCAUCCACAAGGGAUUCGUCCCCAGUCCGAAGAACAUUACCUUCCAAACAGGAAAAGGAUAGAAGUUAUGAUGGUGACCGUGCAAGAUCACCACCAAGGAAGCACCAAAGUCGGAGCCGUGAGCGUGAUCAUGAUUCUGAGAGGGACCGUUCAGAUCGUGAUCAUGGCAGGUACAAGGAUAGGGACCAUGAUCGACAUGCUCGUGAUCACAGGGACCGGGACCAUCAUCGGUCAAGUUAUUCAGAUAGGGAUGGUGAGAGGCGAGGCCGUGAAAAGAGGGACAGGGAUUCUGACAGAAGUGGACGUUCAAUCACCCACAGAAGCAGGAGCAGGAGCAGGAGUCCAGUCCAUGGCAGAACUGACGGUGACAAUCAUCGCUCCAGCCCAUUUGGUAAGGCGCCAGAAUCAUCCAACCUGGCAAAGCUGAAGGAUCUAUAUGGUGAUGCAACAAACACAAAGAACGAUUCUGGUGAUGAUCGAGCUCACAGGGAUUCUGGAACCGAAGAGGUAAUCCGACUGGGAGGCCAAAGGUGGAGGUGAAUCUAAUGUCAAGGAACACCACGACAUUGCAUCUGGGCCCAUGAAUUCUUGUUUUACUAAGAUCAAUAUACUGUGUCAGAAAUGACCCAAGAAUGAUGGGCUGUAUCUGUCUUGCCCCAUGCGAUUUCCAAGAUUUACCUGGAAGUUUUUUUUUCUUCUAGCUAAUAUGGUGUUAAUCUUUUUGUCCA